AUUGUCAAAAUUGUCAAAACGUAAGGCACGUCAGCAAAAUGAAUAUUUAAAAAUGGUUUUAUGAUGAAUACAAGGAUAUUUAGGAUUAAUGCCUUAUUUGAAUUUGUUCAAUGAGUAAAACAUAAAAAGCCCGAAUUGGAAUUAAUUUCAAAUCCUAGAAAAUCCAAAAGAUUCCUUUAUUAUGAACAUACAAGAGAGAAAACGGAACAAAACCAAAAACACCGCUUCUUCGCAAAUGGAAAAUGGUGAAUACCUCUUACCCGUACGUACCCCUAAAGGCGAUGGAAAAAAUAUACUUCUGUUAUUUUUCUUGUACACGCUACAAGGCAUUCCGCUGGGGCUUUCAAGUGCAAUUCCAAUGAUUUUGCAAAACAGAGGCGUCAGCUACAAACAACAAGCAGAGUUCAGCUUCGUGAGUUGGCCUUUUAGCUUGAAAUUACUGUGGGCGCCUAUAGUUGACUCGAUAUAUUCCACACGAAUAGGCAGAAGGAAAACAUGGCUUAUACCCACCCAGUACAUGAUCGGGGCCUUCAUGUUACUGCUAUCGAAUCACGUCAAUCAAUGGCUCGGCGACGACGGGAAUUCUCCCAACAUCGAGAUUCUGACUCUCUUAUUCUUCUCCUUGAACUUUUUAGCCGCCACUCAGGAUAUCGCCGUGGACGGCUGGGCAUUGACAAUGCUCCAUAAGGAUAACGUCGGACAUGCUUCGACGUGUAACAGCGUCGGCCAAACCACCGGAUUUUUCCUCAGUUACGUCGUAUUUAUGGCUUUGGAAUCUUCCACAUUUUGUAACCAGUAUUUAAGAAGCAUUCCACAGGACGAAGGUAUUAUAACGUUAUCCGGAUUCCUCUACUUUUGGGGCUUGGUAUUUUUAGUCACCACGACUAUUGUGGGUUUGUUGAAAAAGGAGGUUGAACCGCAAGGUCAGGAGGGUUUCGAACCCGAGAGGGACAUCAAAAGUGCAUAUCUUUCUCUUAAAGAUAUCCUAAAACUACCACCAAUUCAAACUUUGGUGUUAAUUUUGCUCACAUGCAAAAUAGGUUUUUCGAGCACUGAUAGUUUAAUGGCGCUAAAAUUGGUAGAAGCUGGAAUACCUAAAGAAAAAUUAGGUCUUAUGGCGAUACCUUUAAUACCCCUUCAAGUAGCUCUACCCUUAGUCAUAGCUAAGUAUACAACGGGUCCUAAGCCGCUAGAUGUAUUUUUGAAAGCGAUGCCUUAUAGGAUAGGAUUUGGAUUCAUAGCAGCAUUCUUAGUGUGGAUUACACCAGUAUUAGUACCAGAAGCCUCUGAUGGUUUACCCUUUUUGUACAUAGUUUUUUUAAUUAGCUGUUACGCACUUCACCAAGUGUGCGUGUAUUGCAUGUUUGUAGCACAAAUGGCCUUUUACGCCAAAGUAAGUGACUCUUCGGUAGGCGGUACUUACAUGACCCUGUUGAACACUGUAAGCAAUUUAGGGGGUAAUUGGCCCGCCAUGUUGGCCUUGUACUUCGUGGAUCCUCUUACUUGGAAACGAUGCGACGGUGGCCCGGAGAGCCUCGACAACGCGUGCAGGAAUACUAUCGAAAAAGAUCUUUGCAUUUCUAAGGGUGGCCAGUGUACGACCGUACUGGAUGGUUUCUACAUAGAAACGGUGAUAUGUAUAGUAGUGGGUUAUUUGUGGUACUUGUGGGGUGCGAAGAAGCUUCGGAAUAUUCAAGGUUUGAGUGAAAACUCGUGGAAAUUGAAAGUUAACAAAAAAUCAGGGAAAAAUUAAAUCGAUUUAUAGAUAAAUUGUAUAUAUUUUUUAAUUUAAAUAAAUAAUUUAUC